AUGUUAGAAAGAAAGCAUCACCAUGCAACGAUUCCACCCUCACCCUCACAUUAUGAUACAAUAGAAUCUGAAGCAUUAGCUAAUAUAAAAUACCACAUUACCCAAGUUAUUCAUGUGAAGGGUAGACAUAACUGUCUCCCGGAUGAUUUGUCAAGAAAUCCGAUCGAUGUCACAGAUGAAUUGAUGGAAAUUGAAUAUGGUUUAGAAGUUCCUGAACCACAUCGUCACGAUGGAGACCGAGUUUCUUACGGCUCCAAGCUUGCCGAUGUGGUCGGUGUAACAACAAGUUCGGCAGACAACAAAGAACAAGCACAGGCAACCGCAGAUCAGUCAGAAACGGAAACGGAUGAUACAGAUGACUCUAAACCUCAGGAGCUUGAACCAACAACAUACAGCGUUCUGCCACAUCAUCUUGAUAUCACACAUUUGAUUGAAGAACAGCGACAAGACCCUGAAAUACGGAAGAAGUUAGUCGAAAUUCAAACGAACCCCACAAAGCAUCCGUAUUUGUUUGAAGAUAGUGUCUUAUAUAAACUUCAGUUGAGAGAUGGUGGUAAAACUGUGUCAAAGCUCAGACAAAUCACAAACGACAAUCUUGCCGUUAGCCACGAAGAACGACAGAUUUCGAAUGUUUAUUCUGGUACACAAGCAAACAGUUCGAAUUUUUCGAAAAUAUUUUUAAAAAACGCAGCGACCCAGACCCGGUUUCGACCUUGCUCAUGGGUCUCUUCAACUGGGUUAUGGUAUAAAACAUGGUAG